UCAUGCAGUGUAAAGUCACCCUCCUGGACGACACUCUGUUUGAGUGUGAGCUCGGUAAACAUGCGACAGGCUCGGAUCUGUUUGUGAAGGUGUGUGACCACCUCAACCUGCUGGAGAGAGACUACUGUGGCCUGGCCGUCUGGGAUACCCCCACUUCCAGGACAUGGCUGGACGCCUCCAAAGAGAUCCGGAAACAGGUGGCAGAUUAUACAUACGAGUUCACUUUCAACGUGAAGUUCUACCCUCCUGAUCCAGCUCAGCUCACAGAAGACCUCACCAGGUACUCCUGUCUACAGCUCCACCCAUCUGGUGGCCUGCUGCCAUGCUCCUUUGUAACUCUGGCCAUGCUAGGCUCCUACCCGGCCCAGUCUGAGCUGGGGGAGUAUGAUCCAGAGGUCCACGGCUCUCACUACACCAAGGAGCUGAGGCUGGCCCCGGGACAGGGCAAAGAGCUGGAGGACAAGGUCAUGGAGUUGCACCACAUACACAGAUCCAUGAGUCCAGCCCAGGCAGACAUGUUGUUUCUGGAGAAUGCCAAGAAGCUGUCUAUGUAUGGAGUGGAUCUGCACCAAGCCAAGGAUCUUGAGGGUGUGGACAUCACUCUAGGGGUGUGUUCUGGUGGUCUCAUGGUAUAUAAGGACAAGCUGAGGAUCAAUCGUUUCCCCUGGCCCAAAGUCCUCAAGAUCUCCUACAAGCGAAGCAGCUUCUUCAUCAAGAUCCGUCCCGCUGAACAAGAACAGUAUGAGAGCACAAUCGGCUUCAAGCUGCCCAACUACAAGGCCUCCAAGAAGCUGUGGAAGGCCUCAGUGGAACACCAUACCUUCUUCAGGGUGUCGUCCGUGGAGCCCCCGUCGUCCCGCUCCCGGUUCCUGGCGCUGGGGUCAAAGUUCAGGUACAGUGGUCGUACCCAGGCCCAGACCCGCCAGGCCAGUUCCAUGAUCGCCCGGCCCGCCCCGCGCUUCACCCGGUCCGCCAGCAAGAGGCUGUCCCGCACCAUCGACGAAGCUGGAGAUGAUGAUCUCCAAGCCUCGCAGCUCUCUGCUAGUCCAAACAAGACCGAGGAUGACGAUUGGUUCUUCAUGCUGGGAUCUGACCAACCCCAGACUUUCUUUUCACCAGCCAGAGGGGGGGAGACUUUCUCUGUGGAGACUUCUACUCAGAGCUGGGAUGAUGGCAAGUCUGUCCAGACAGUCAGACAGGCAUGGCAGGAGACUGAGACAGGCUGGACGGUCAGUCGGACUGUCAGUCAGACAUGGCAGGGACGAGUGUCUGAUGAACAGCAGCAGGGGAGACUGGAGGAGGAGAAAGAGGAGGAUUGGUCUGUCCUGCUGGGCAGACGACCCUCCCUUCCCUAUGUCCCCUACCCCAUGAUGAAACCGCCAGUCAAAUACCGCUCUGCCCAGGUGGCAAAGGUGGCCACGGCCAACAUUCUGAAGAGGCUGCUACAGCCAAGGCAGGAACAAAGUGAUGACUGGGUCAUGCAGUUGGACCGCAGCUUUGAGUUUGCAGACACACCUCCAUGCUACACUCCUCUUCUUCCUAUACUGAUAACCCCAAUCUGCCCCUCCUCAGUCUCUCCCUCAGUCUCCCUGGAGAAGGAGGAGACUAGGCAGGAGAGGAGGGAGGUGAUCAAGAGGCUCCAGGAAGGGGUGUUCCUGGUGGAGAAGCUGAGGGAGGUAGAGGUGCUGGAUGAGAGACUGAGGGAGGUGAAGGUUUUGGAAGAACGGCUGCAGGAGGUGGAUGAGCUGGAGGAGAGGAUACAGGAGGAGGUGGAGGCCAGGCAGCAGCAGGAGGAGGAGGGAGGGGUAGAAGUAGAGGAGGAGGUGGUAGAGGCAGCGGAAGAGAAUGUGGAGGAAGUAGAUGAGUUGGAGGAGCAGAUAAAGGAGGUGUUUCUCAAAGGAUUGCUGCCAGAUGAGUCAGGGGAAGAUGAGGGACUAAAAGAGGAGAGUAUGGAAGAGGCAGAGGAGUCUGAAGAAGGGUGGUCAAAUGUGGCGAGCACCUCUAUGGUACGGAGAGUAGAUUUGAGGACCCAGAAUAGUGUGACUAUAGUGAAAGAGAUGAGGCAACAAGAAGGAGGGAUGGAGGAGGAGACGGUGGAACAGGUGGCGGUUUCAGACGAGGGAUUGAAAGAGGAUGAAGGAUGGUUAGAGGAGAGGAAGCAUCAGGCUUUGGUGGAAGGGUUGACAGAGGGGCUUGAGGAAAGGAGAGGAGAGAUAAGAGUGGAAAGGAGGAGGAAGAAGGUGACUAUAGUGACACAGGAUGAGAGUCUUCCAGAUGAACUAGAGCAGAAAGCAUCUGAGAAGUUGUCAGAGGACCAGAUAGGAGGCCAUUUUUAUAAAGAGGGACAACUUAUGGUGAAAUUCAAUGAACUAUUUGCGGCAGAGAAGUUAGGGUUACCGAUAGUUACAAUUCAGCAGGAGUGGCUCCAAGAACAGGAAAAGGUCAGGGAGGAGAAACAGGAGAGAGUGGAACAGGUGAAAGUUUCAGGCGAGGGAUUGAUAGAGGUGAAAGGAGGUCUAGAGGAUAGGAUGCGGCAGAUGUCGGAGGAAAGGAUGCCAAAGGGAGAGCAGACUGUGGUGAAAACCAAGAAAACAGUGAGAAUAAUGGAAGAAAUGAGGAGAACACAGAAGACACUCGAGGAAAAGUCAUCAGAUGACAUUUUAUCAGAGGAAAGGCUGGGUGAUGGUUUUUAUACAGAGGGGGAAGUUUUGGUGAAAUUCAGAAAGGAUGUGGAGAGGGUUCCACAUAGAGUCAGACAAAUGGAGAAGCCCCAAGAAGAAGAAGAAGAAGAGGUAGUGGAAGUGAAUAUGCAGCCAUCCCAGCCAGAAGACAAGGACGAUUGGGUUGUGCUGCUGGACAGCCUCCCACACAAGACUCUUUAUAAGCCUCCAGUCAUGCCAGCCGACUCCGCUCUGGUGCCUGUGGUCUCCACAAGAUUAUCUGUGGUGUUAGUAGACACGGUCGAGCAGAGAGCACCAGAGAGGGAAUGCAUUGAAGUGGAGGCCACACAGCAACAGCCUGAAACGGGAUUGGUGGAAGCACGGAGACCGUGGCAAAUGCAGGAAGAUGAUUGGUUUAUGCUCUUGGACCUGGCUGAUCGUGUUCCUUCAGGUGUACCAACCACACCAGUUUCAGCUUCUUUGCAAGAGCAAGUUCAGGUGUACGUAGAUGAAACCAUCUCUUCCAUGGUUAAAGUGAUGACAGUGGUGCAGAGAGAGGAGACCAGGGUGACUGUAGUGGAGGAGAUGGAGGUACAGGAAGACCAGAGCCGUCUGGAACAGAAACCGUCACAGAGAGAGAUGGAAGAUGACUGGUUUGUUCUGCUGGACAUUGUUCCCAGAGAACCAUCUGUGAUUCCGUCAGCUUCUGUGGAAGAGCGUAUUCCGGUAUACCCUGAGGAAAGCGUCUCCUCUGUGGUUGAGUUGACGACAGUAGAGCAGAGAGAGGAGAGAAGGGUGACUGUAAUGCAAGAGGAGCGACGUCAAGAAGAAGUUAUACUUCCACCACAGCCAUCAAGAGAGAUGGACGAUGACUGGUUUGUGCAACUGGAUGUCGUGUUCAGAGAAACAUCCUAUAUACCACCAGUCGCUCCAGCAGAGCCAACACCGGUUUCUCCAGAUGUGAUCAGCCCUGUGGUUGAGGUAAAGGCUGAACAGCAGAAGCCAGUGGUGGUUCUGGUGGAGGAGACGAGGCCACAACAGGAACGGGAAGUAGAGGAGUGGCAGCGACAACCAGAGAGAGAUGAUGAUUGGUUUACACUGUUUGCUGAUGUCCGUGAGGAGCCGAUCAUUGUACCACCAGUUGCUCUUGGUGAGCAUACUCCGGUAUAUCCAGAUUUAAGCCAGACCACCUCUGUAGUUGAUGUGACGACCAUAGAAAGAACAAUUAAGAAGAGGGUGACUAUUGUUGAAGAGAGGUGGGGAGAGCAAGAGGAGAUCCUCCAGUCAGAGAUGAUCAUCCCAGAGCAGAGACCACCAGCAGAGAGAGAGGAGGGAAAUGGACGGUUUGUUCUGUUGGAUGCCAUCCGUGAAGAACGUGCUGGGGUUCCACCAGUUUCCCUGGCUGUUAGCGAUAGGGUAUACCCAGAGGUUGUGCCAGCCAAACAUCUGACCAUUGAGCCUGAACCAAGAGUGUUUGUGGUGGAAGCAGUCCAAUCACUUCCUGAAGACGUUGCCCUGGAGGGUAAGGCAACACAACAGCAGAGAGAGCAGGAUGAUGAUUGGUUUUUGCAGCUGGAUGUUGCCCCUACAGUAGCAGCUGCACCAGUGGUGGUGAUUUACUCUGAUGUGAGCACCACAGCUGUUACGGUGGUGAAGGAGAUAGUGGAACAGAAACCACCAAAGACCGUGAGGAUCAUGGAAGAGACUGUUAAGAUGGAGGAGGGGCCUGUGGUAACACCUAAAGAAGUGGAUGAUGAUUGGUUUGUGCUCUGGGACCGCGCUCCCUCCAAGAUACUGACCACACCCAAGGCGUUCCAUGUAGACAGAGAGGUUAUAGAGCUGGUACCCCGGAGAACAGUGAUUGUGGUGGAGGAAACUAGGAAACCACAUAGAGUGGUGGAGGACAGACGUCAACCGGAGGUUGAAUUGGUGAAAACACUGCCUCCCCAAGAGAGAGGGGAGGGUGAUGAUUGGUUCAUGCUCUUUGAAGCCUCUCGCCAAGAGCCUGUGAAAAUGCCAACAGUUGCUGUGGUAACUAGACCUGCCCCUGUGGUUGAUGUGAUGGUGACGAGCACAGAGCAGAGAACCCAGAAAAGGGUGACGAUAGUGGAGGAGAGGUGGAGAGAGGAGAGGACCCUGCAGCAGAGACUGCCUCAGAGACAGAGAGAGUGGACGAUGACUGGUUUGUCCUGCUGGAUGCUGCCCCUAAAGAAUUUUGCUCAACGUGAGCGUCUCCAGGUCUAUACUGACAUAACUGUGGUCAAAGGUCCAGCCGCUCAGCCCAAACCCAGAGUGGUGGUUGAGGAGGAGAAGAGAACAACACAACCCCAGAGAGAUGUGGAUGACCAUUGGUUUGUGUUGCGGGAGAAAAAAUCGGUUGCAGCAGCCCCAGACCUCCACCCCAUCAGGCUGCCAGCCCGCCAGGACGACAGGAAGCUGCAGGUCACCGUGGAGGCAGUGGACGAGGGCUCAGCCGAGGUCAAGUCUGAGCAGACGGACACUGAGGAGCCGGUUCAAAUGAGGAAGAAAAGAGCUAAGAGAACUGAGGGUGACUCAAUUUAUAUCAGACAUAGUCUUUUAAUGUUGGAGGACUUUGAGAAGCCCCAGGAGGAUCUCAUCAGGCAUCAUACUAGUAUCAGUGAGCUGAAGAGGAACUUCAUGGCGUCUGUCCCAGAGUUCCGGGGGCCUAGUGAAUGGGACAAGCGCCUGUCUACUCACUCCCCCUUCCGCAGCCUGGGCAUCAACGGACAGCCUUUACCUGAUGCCGACGGGAGUGUGUGUAUUACUCCUAUAAGGGAAGAGCUGGACACUAAGGCAGCGCUACAACAGGACGAGUCCAGCAGCACUGUAAGACCAUCGGGGGGGCCCAGCCCCAGCCCUGCUAGCACAGAAACUGGGCCUGAUAGGGUUGACUCCAAAUCCCAUGAUGCACCUGGGGUGGCAGGGCCAUGUGAUCAGGAUGAUGAGCAUGUUAGCUCUGGGACCACCACCGUUGAGGUGGAGAGGGCACAGCUGCCCCACUCCUAUCAGCUCCAGGGUACAGUGCUGGAGGAGGAGGAGCCGGCAGACCCAGGGUCAAGGGGGGAGCAGUCUGGGAGGAUAACUGGAGCCUCCCACACCUCCUAUUUCGUGAGCGGUGUUCCCCAUGUCAUACGCUGUUUCCAGCCCCCUCUGGUGCAGACCCAGACAGUCACCAUCACAGACGUGUCCAUCUCCCUCCCUACUGACGUCUCCACUAAGGAUGUCCCUAUCGUUCAGACCCAGACUAUCAGCUACGAGUCUGCAGAGGUGUCAGUUGAUGGGACAGACUGGGGGAAAGAGGCCACAGCACUGAGCAGCAUUCAGUCCAUUACCUCAGAGAGCAGCAGGGAAACCAGUGGCACCUCCAUUACUACCACCACCACUCACAUCUCCAAGGUGGUGAAAGGAGGAGCGUCAGCGACCAGAGUGGAGAAGAGGAUCGUCAUCACUGCCGACUCAGAGGAUGACCAGGGAAGUGAUGGCGGAGCAACAGCAAUGUGAUUCAGAUCAACACACAGUCAGGGAGCCCUAUGGAUCUGAUGCUCAAGACACCAGAGCUUUGUAGUACAGACUAACCUCCCUGUCCCAGAGCCACCCCCACCUCCUCAACCCAUACGGACAUUGUGUCCUGACUGGUCCCCUCCAGAACCACUGUGGUUGCAUCUCUUGACCAGAGCCCUGGUUUAAAGUAGUGCAUUAUAAAGGGAAUAUGGUGCCAUUUGGGAUGCAUCCUGGUGUCUCCCUGCCCAGUGGGAUAUGAACAGGCCAGGGAGAAAGCCUAUUGUGUCCUCUCUUUCCAUACUGCUGUUCUGACUGUAUGGUGGCUUCAUUUUGGUUUAUUCCACUCAAACCUCAUAUUUCGCCAAAUUACUCUUUUUUUAAAUUAUUAUAGUAGGAAAGAUGAACCAUUUCAGUUCUAAGAGCAUUUAGGUCAUUUUCUUUUAAAUGUUUAUUUACAACAUAUUUUUCUGUUGUUUGUAUUGCUACUACUGUAUCAUUGAGUUUAAGUGUGGACUCAGCGAUAUGACGCAGAUGCAGAAAGUAAACAGCGUAGUGGGUCAAUUUCAGCCAAACAACUAAGAGCGUUGAAGCAAGAGGCUCGAUUUCUCUGCUGUUUUGGUGCCAUGGUUCCAACGCUGUGAACAGAGUGAAGUGAACCCGUGCACAUGCGCAGAUACUGUGUGAGAGCAAAGUCUUGCGUCUCGCUCAUCUCAGUAUCUGCGGUGCUGGUCGAGGCAUUUUACUGAGUCUCCCUUUAACAUGCUCAUUUUGACAGAAAUGCACUGUUUUCAACUGGGCUUUAAGUAAUAACAUUAUCAGACUUUUUCAGAUUAAUCAGAUUAAGAUGCUGGACAGAAACUAGAUGUAUUUUUGGAAAGGGAUAACUCCUUUGAGUUUAUGUUUAUAAUUGAGGAAUAUUCUUUUUUUUUAUUGAAUAUUCAAAUUGAAAUGACAUACCUCACUUAAAAGUAUUGAACAAAGAUAUUGCAUACUCCAACAA